ACAAGCUCAAGCCACAUUUAUUAACAAAGAUGAUCCAGCUCCCCGUAAAAUCUCUUCACUUCCACUUUCUUCUCUUGAAGUUCUAUGCGAAAGCGAUUGUAUCAGAUCGACACAUCGACCACCGUCUCUCCACUUGAAGCAACCAAAGUACCACAAACAUGCCGUUCAACUUUAUCAAGUCAAUUUUCCCCGCUCAACCCUCUCCUGGCAAUGGACGAUCCGUUCCUGAACAGCCACCCCAGAGAACCCGCAGAUCUCCCAAAGAGUACGAGGCACGAGUGACGAAAUCGAGACGAGCAUCGGGUACUUCACAGAGCUCGCCAUCAAGUUUAAGUGAAGAAGAGUCGCCAGAAGAGCCCCAUUCCCUCCGCCGUCGACUAUCUUCCUACAACCCCGACGAAGAGGAAGGCUGGGGUGUGGGCACCACAGUAGCAACAGUACUGGAGGAGCCUGCUCCACCUCGCGUGCGUGCUCCGAAAACUCCUCCCCGUACCGUGAUAAUGCAACCAAGUACUGUACCAACCGGAGGGAAGGGUGGGCAAACAGUCUCUCCAGAGGGACGACGGAAGAUCAGAGAGCGUUGGGCGAAAAAGGUGGACGAAAUAAAAGAGAACGCCGUGCGCAACGCCAUUGUAGAGGCCGAUAAUCUGGGCGUAUCUGCAGAGGAUCGCGAGCAGGGUGUCCGCGAAAUCAAGAGCUCUAUUGAAGCGGCCAGUGGACAGAGUCAAUACCAAAAGGGGCAACAACCUAAACCAAUCACAAACCAAAGCAAGAUGCCCCUUGGUAAUCGCAAGCCCCGGCCCGCCCCGAGGCCACCAAAGGUCAAGAAGCGAGUCGUGAAGCCUGAUGAAGAGAAGUCGGAAUGGGAACUCCGCCCCCACGAGCUCGCCCAGAAGAUGUUCAAAGAACAUGCGGGCGAUGCUAAACGUGUCGCGGAGGCAAUCAAAGCAAGCCUAGCCGCAGACGGUAUUGCUCAUCCAGAAUAUGCCCUUCGAGACGUCGAGUUGCGCAAUGCUCACUGGCAGCUUAUCAAUCUUGUCGAAGCAUUCUCAGAGGAGUAUUUCGACUUCCAGUUCGACGAUACUGAAUCUCUCACUGAGCGUCUGGCUGAAUUCGCUCCCGAGACUGUAAGGAUCAUCGGAUGUGUUGCUUCUGGCGGACCUGGAGGGCCGGGUGGAUGGCACCAGAUGUUUACCUACGCACCGAAGAGACGCGCACUCGUCUGUGCCAUCAUCGGAAAUGUAAUCUUCGAGCAAGUGUAUCAACAUCUCUUCUUCGGUGGCCAUAGGAGUCAACUGGAAGAACUAGGUCGCGUUCAAAAGCAAAUGGCAAACGCGGACGGUAAGUAUUCAACGAACAACCCCCCUCACCUUCAAACCGUUCCCCAGACUGACCACCACAGGCUUCGAUCGCAACCGCAAAUACGCAGAAAUCAUAUUCGGGGCACUUGAAGGCCGUGCCAACGGCGAAAUCACGCUCCCGUACUAUUUCCAUGACCACGUCAACGAAAUAUUAAUCGCGCUGCUAACCCACCUCGAGCCCAUCAUGACCCUCAGCCCGAAAGUCAAGUCCAACUCCACCAGACACUAUAAAGCCAUAGGCCGAGACCUCUACAACAUCAUAGUGAAAGCCGGCAUCAUCAGCCUCAUCAUGCGCUGCGACCCCCACACCAUCUACCACUUCCCG